GCCAAUUACUCUCCUUACGACUCAUAUGAGUACUUUCAUCUAGAACUUGAGUUUGAAUGGAACUCGGAUUUGAGUCAUACUUCGAUGUCGUAUGGAUGUUUUGGUGAGACAUAUGAUAUGUUAGAAUAUUCGCCUGACUUUUUAGAUCGUCGAGCUGCCUCACCGAUGCCUCACGCUUGAUGUGUGGCACACGAAACUCCGUGUCGAACUUACACGGAGUCGGCAAUCUAAGAACAAUGAUUCUUUAUCUGCCUAUAUUUUGUGCCUUAAGCUGCCGGAAGUGUUUUCACUUGUACUGACAUUUUCGCCACCGCUACGCGUGACCUCUCGCGUGUCUGUUUUCUUUGAAAUUCCGCACGUCCACUCCUUAUAAAUUAUCUACCAUGGCAGAGGCGGAGUCCUCCAACUCUCCCCAGACUUUGCAAGACGAACGUCGCGUCCGAGAGAUACUACUUCCUGCAAGUGCCAUGGAGUCACAGCAACAAGUCGACGACAAUCUCGAGCGUGCUACGGAACCUCCUGACUCCCGGGAAUCUUCCUUUGACGAUUCAUGCAUGUCUUUCACUUCCGACAACCUGGGCUUUACAUUCACACCUCUUGCACAAUUGAAAGACUACGACGAACACCAAUGGCCCGAUGUCGUUCAUGGCCACUCGGCAGAUCCAGGACACGAAUCCAUGCAUUCCAACGGGGGAUCUGUAAUAGAUGAUGAGGGCGCUGACAGAUCUUCUCGGUUCACUGCUGCUGAGAAAGGGAAAGGAAGAGCUAUUUCUAAGGAUCGCCUUGAUGACGUCCAUCCGAAUGAGUCUUCUGAAGCACCCAAGACGCAGCACCGUUCAACGAGCAAGAAACGUGCCAGAACGUCCUCCUCUGAAGACGACCCUGCUCCUCACAACGACGCGGAGUCGGUUAAUUGGGAAACGCAUAUCAAGGACAGCAUAUUACGAUAUAUCAAUAACAAAGAAGAUUCUUUCCCUCUCGGUCGUCGAGUGGACUCAACUUUGACAUUUCCAUCCCAAUUUUUGACUGGCUUCUUUCAGUUGGCUGCAAUCAGAGACCCACCAGGUUCCCCUUCUAGAAUUGACAAACCUGAACAUAAACUUGACAACUACGUUGAGGUCGCGAAUUGGGCGAGAUCAUUCUUACACAUGCAGUUCCGUCUUGAAGAUAACCAGAUUGAGGACAACGUUAUAGUGUUGUUAAUGAUGUUGGUAAACGACUUUUACGAUACUCAUAUGAGGCUUGCAGAUGCAAUUGUGACGCAAGCCAUAAAAUAUCGAGAUGAGGAUCGCCGGGAUGUUCUAAAAGUGGAGGACUUCGUACACAUUUUCGAGAGGAUCCAGAAUGCUCGUCAUGAUCGUAUUUAUGAUGCUCUCGAAGCUCGCAGAGCCCGUGCUCCUCGCCAUCCUACGCAUAUCCCAGAUGCCACGACACGUUCCGGAAGGACUUCAAGACUCACUCCACAAGCCCAAGCGGCGUUGAGACAAGAACAGGAAAAAGAAAGGAAGAAGGAAGCUCGAAAGUUGAAGAAACAACAAGACCAAGUACGAAAGAAUAAUGAAGAUAUGGAUUCUCAAGGUCUUGACGAUAACAGCCCUUCUUUGGCAACUGGUCAAGUGUGUCCGACUUGUCAUCGAUUGGUUCCCGGUGAACAGAACGACAUGGCAAUCUCUCCAAAAUCUCGAAAGAAGCCUGCGAGGAAAAGGGGCAAGAAAGCUGCUCCCUUACGGACGAGGGUGCCAAAAGUUUCUGAAAGUCCGGCUCCUUUGCUCUCUGUUUCUACUGCUGUAGCAGAAGAGGAGGAGGAAAGUUCUGACGGGGAGCCUAACGAUUCUGCUCAGUCCGGGAGGCGUCCGGUACUCAAAGUCAAGAUACCAACCAAGAGGGACACAGUCAAGGCUGAGUCGCCCCAGCCUGGCCCAUCAGUGAUUUCAACCAUUCCUUUAAGGGCCCCUGUUCCCAUUCGUCCUCGGCCUUCUGACUCGCUUGAUCCAAACUAUCACUAUCCCGAUAUCCCACCUGGUUAUACUGGCUCUGCGAAUAAUGCUGCGACUCUACUCCCAAUUAGACACGGCGGACUUCCAUCAACCUCAAGUCCGUUCUCUCAAAGGAAUUGGAAUCCUGGUGAACCUUCUCGUCCUAAUCUUGGUGCCACCCACUUCCCGAUUUCCGGACAGUCCCCUUACUUGGCGAUCCCAACAUCUAACGCGUUCCCAGCUUCUGGUAUACCUUACGCACCUCCUCUUCCGGAUAUAAAUUAUCCUCCUAGGCGACGCUCUAAUUCUAGCUCUGAAGCCAGGACUCAUGAUAGUCAAGUGCAUGGCCAUCGUCGGGGGCUGUCUCAUGAUCUAGGGCUUUCUCAUAAUCUUGGGAUAUUCAUGGACGGUGGACCUAGAAUUGCAAUAUCUUCUGCUCUUCCGAUAGGUGAUCCGUCGUAUGGGCAUGCUCUGCUGUCUGCCGUAGGCACUCAGACUGGGUCACAAGGCGGUCUACAACAAGCAGGCCCUGCUCUGCCAACCCAAACUCAAGAUUUACCUCGCAAUGGGCUACCACAAGAUUUGCCAGGACCUGCUCAAUUUGUCUUCCGCAAUACCACGCCCGAAACAUACCUGAACGCAAGGACUCAACCCAGACCAGGCCCAUCUACCUCCACAUCUCACACUGCACACCCACAUCAAACCUUCCCCACCCCAAACGCUAACCCCACCACAACUCUACCGCAACCUCCUCCACUUGGUACCCCAUCAUUUCCAUCUACGCCAUACAGCGCUAUCACGCCCACAGCCUAUUCAGCCUCCCCAGCUCCUACUAUAACGACUGUGAAUCGUGAUUAUACCGUUUCGCCUACGCUUAGUGCAGAUGAAGGACGAUUUGGGUUGGAGGUUAAACGGGAACAGGUGGAGUGUCAUUGGGAAAGUGGGUUGCCGGUGGUGUCUUUGGGUGGUGGUGCUGAACGGGUUUGGAAUCCUGUUGAUCAAAAACAGGAGCAAGAGCAAGAGCAAGGGGAAGGGGAGGAUAAGUCUGGUCUGAACCGGACGAACGCUGUCCUUGGUACCAGUGCUGCAUCCGUAGGAAUAUCUGAAGACGUUAACGUUCCUGAAGAACAAGUUGAGGCUGGACCGAGUGCAGUCCCUGGCCAUGGUCCAUCGUCGGAUUCAACUUCGACUGGUGACAAAGGUAAAACCCUGAGAAGGAGUACGAGGAAGAUCCCGCCAAAGGUUGUGGGAGGGUUGGGGUCGCCUAAGAGGAAGCACGUGGCAAAGCGGAGGAAGUUGAGGAGGUGAAGUGUUAUUCUUUUCUUCGCGACGAGUUCGUUUUUCUUGAAUAAGACAAUGAUUGAUAUUUCACGAUUGUAAUGACUGUAGCGAUUGAAUUCAAGGUGUGACAUAUUCUAUAGUAUUAGCCUGUUGUUCUAUCCCUAUGAAAAAUCCAAGCGUUCUCUAUAUACCAUAUAUCAAAG